AAGAAGAAACAACUCCUCCCUUUAACUAACAAUCCCCAAAAACCAAAGCAAGAAAUGGAUUCUCUCAAAAUUUUCAAAGGUUAUGACAAAGUAGAAGAAAAUCUCGAAGAUCCUCAAAAACAACAAAACUACAACAACAAUCGUAACAAAAUCUCCAAACCCCUCAUCGCCACAAUCUCCAUCAUCAUAACCAUCCUCUUCCUUACCCUCACUUUAUCAUUCACCCUUUUCUUCCACCACAACACAAACACCGAGUCACAAAAACCCUUCAACUCACCCAACUCAAUCCGAUCCAUUUGCAACAUAACUCGCUUCCGUAACUCAUGCUUCACCGCUCUAUCCUCCUCCUCACAAAACCUCACCAACCCAAAAACAAUCCUCAAAAUCUCAAUCCUCGCCUCCAUCAACCAACUCACAGAACUUGCUUCAUCGCUCAAAGCAAACUCCAAGGGAAACGCGUUCGGUGAUUGCAAUGAACAGAUCGGGGAUGCGGUGAGUCGACUCAACGAUUCGAUGUCGGUGGUUACUAACGGUGCCGUAACGUUGACAGAUGGUGAAGUUAAUGAUAUUCAGACGUGGGUUAGUGCUGCGUUGACGGAUCAACAAACGUGUGUUGAUGGGUUGGAAGAGGUUGGUGUUUCUUUGGAAAGUGCUGGAAAGGUAAAGAAUUUGAUGGAAAAGUCUAAUGAGUAUGUUAGUAAUAGUUUGGCUAUUGUUGCUAAUAUACGCCAUUUGUUACAUUGAAAUUUUCUCUUAGUUGUUUAUUUAAUUUACAUGAUAAAAAAAUAAUUGAAGAAGGUUUCAUUAUGUAAAUUGUAAAUGUUUGUAUGAAUGUAUGGGAUGAAUUUAUUUGGUAGAGAAAACUCAUUUGUUUGAUAUUAG